CACGUCGAACACAUAUUUUAACAUGAUGAGCCACAUAAAUGUUGUGAUGAGCUUUGCAUUGUGCGCCCUCGAAAAAGAAGUCACCGCCGCCACUGUAUUAGACAUCAUUUUGUAAUUAAAUGAUUGCAGUUUCAUAGUCAUGUGGAGGUAUAAAAAAGUUUUCUUUUUGUCUUUUUUUGCAGACAGCUAUGUUAUUUUAAAAGGUUAGAGAAAGUCUGAAGCAUUGAUUCGGUAAAGGUGAAUCAUUAUAUCUUUAUAACGACAACCUUUUCCCUGAGGCGUUUUAGGGCGAGGCAUCGUUCUUAUAAAGAAAACCCCCAACGAACUCACAAGUUCAUUCAUUCAGCUGUGACACACAGGAGAAGAUCAUUGUUGUGAAAAUGGAGUCUUUGUCAGCAGCAAACACACAAUUCUCUCUCAAUGUGUUUAAGAAGAUCAGUGAGAUAAACACUAGUGGAAAUGUCUUCUACUCUCCUCUCAGCAUCUCCUCGGCUCUGGCCAUGGUGUCACUUGGUGCUAAAGGAAACACAAAAGAUCAGAUCUUACAGGUUCUGUGUCUUAACAAGUCUGGACCUGGACCAGCUGAUCAGCAGGAGGAUCUCAUUCAUUCCAGCUACAACAAACUCAUGAGCGAGUUGAACAAACCAGGAGUCCCAUAUAUGUUGAGUCUUGCCAAUCGUCUGUAUGGAGAGAAAUCCUAUCAGUUUAUUGAUAAAUUUAUUAGUGACUCACAAAAAUACUACCAGGCUGGACUGGAGUCUGUGGACUUCAUAAAAAACUCUGAAGCUGCACGCGUCAACAUCAACAACUGGGUGGAGGAAAACACACAAGGGAGGAUCAAGGAUUUGCUGGCACAGGGGAUCCUUAAUAAUAUGACACGUUUGGUUUUGGUGAACGCCCUCUACUUCAAAGGGAACUGGGAGAGAGAAUUCUUCUCGCCAGACACUGUUGAUCGACCAUUUAAAGUGAACAAGAAUGAAACUAAACCAGUGAAGAUGAUGAAACAGAGGUCAGACUUUCCUCUGACCUUCAUCCCAGAGGUGAACAGUCAGAUCCUGGAGCUGCCGUAUGUCGGGAAGAAUAUGAGUAUGUUGAUCAUCCUUCCAGAUGAGAUUGAAGACGACACCACUGGACUUCAGAAGCUGGAGAAAACACUAACCUAUGAGAAGCUCGUGGAGUGGACCAAACCUGACAACAUGAAGAUACAAUACGUUGCAUUAUCUCUUCCUAAAUUCAAGCUGGAAGAAACUUACGACAUGAAGAAUCUACUGGUGAAACUGGGAAUGGUGGAUGCUUUUGAGAAGGGGAAGGCAAAUUUUUCAGACCUGUCCCACAAUAAUGAUCUGGUGGUGUCUGAGGUGAUUCAUAAAACCUUUGUUGAGGUCAAUGAAGAGGGAACAGAAGCAGCAGCAGCUACUGGUAUGGUCUGUAGGACCCUUAUGGGACGCUUCGGCAUUUCAAAGGCUUUCAAUGCUGAUCAUCCCUUCCUGUUUUUCAUCCGACACAAUCCCACCAACACCAUUCUGUUUUAUGGACGCUUCUGUUCUCCAUGAGCUCCUUCUGGUAAAGAUGAUGUGAUUGUCAUGUAUUGUAUGGCUACAAUCACUGCAGAGCCUGAGGAGCAAAUCUGGAUCCUUCAGGAUACAAGCACUACUCUCCUACUAGACCACAACUUAGUAUACAUGACAAACAAUAAAUCCUUUUCAUUAUUUGCUUUAGCAUUUUCACACUUGUGUUUUCUGUGUCUUCUUCUGUGGUCCUGUUGUAAAAGUAAUACAAAAUUUAAUUUUGUGGUAAGCAAAUUCUUUGACCCUAUACUGCGAGUGACUUUGUAGCAUUUGUCUGUUAAAUUAACUAUUGUUUGAGACCAGGUAAAAUGCAUGAUUAUUUUUAAUUACUAUUUGAAAGAAAAUGAGUUGUGUUAUUGAUCUGCCCCUUUUAUCGAGGAUGCAUCAGAAGGUGACUUGUUUGGACUCAGAGCAACCAAGUUUCCCAGAAUGCAUUUCGUGUCAACGGCAAUAGAGCUUAAAACUUGCACAAUAUCCAAAAUAUAACUCUUUCUGUGUCAUAAAGUGAAGUUUUAAAAGCUGUUCAGUCAAGAAUAUAGAUUAAUACACUUUAAAUCUUUGGUCAGUUAGAAAAGAAGGCACCUUCCUAUAUUAAAAUUUCCUCAAACGAUUUUGGAUAAUAUGUGAGUUCCAGGUGAUUAGCGGGUGGUCAGCGCCGUGUUUUUUGCCGCUGACUCAAUGCAGUUGCUCUGCCCUUCAGUGUCUGAUAGUCAAACAUAAAAUAUUCCCUUUGGAUAUAUCCAGGAAGUGUGAUUUGCUGGGGGGAUGGCGAGGAUUAUCCCCCUCUGGUCUUUAUAUCCCUGCCUCUGAUGAAUACUUUUUAUCCCCUCAUGAUUAAUGGUCAUCAAACAGC